AUGUGGGUUUUAUAUUCCCUUUUCAUAAGGUUAGCAAUCAGCCAACAGGUUCUUAUACCAGGGCAGGGAGUUCCCCAAGUCGGAAUCUCAAACAACCCCACAAGACGCACACUUGCAUUUGAUGGUGUUCAGUUUGUUGAGGAACUGAUGUCGGCCAACGUCGACCGGACCAACAAAGUCAACUCCUUCUCGGUGAAUUGGAAGUCGGCCGAUUCAGUAACCUUCGCUGCUGCGGCAGCCCAGGUCCGGAUCCCGUACUAUGGACAAAACUUUGAGAUUGAACCCCGCUGCAACGGAAACACCUAUUUCACUAGAAACUAGAAUUGUAGGCUGUUCAUUUCUAGCGACACUUCCAAAGAUGCUGCAAUAGAAUGGUUCGAAGCAAGACAUCGCAAUGCUGUUCAGAAUGUCCUUCGGGAGCUAGGAGUCCAGGGUUCGAUGGAGGAACAGAUCAAUGGAGAAAUACCUGGUUAUGGUACUAUAACAACCACUACUGCACCUCCUUCUACCACGAGUACGCCGACUUCUACGUCUUCUGCUUCCCCUGCAUCCUCAGCCACAUCCCCAGCCACGGCUAACCCAGGCACUACUACAGCUCCCGAGCCUGUUCCACAGGUGGCUCCUGGGCAAAGCGGCCGUUGCUUCCGAGCGGAAGACUCCUGA